AUGUGGCGGCGCAGAGCUCCCAUUGGCCAGGAGGCGGAGGGGCGAACGCCGCGGGUCGGGGGCGGAGCCAAGCGGCGAUUCGGGCCUCCCAUUGGUCGGGGGGCGGGGCCAGGCGGCGGCGCCGGGCUCCCAUUGGCCGGUUGGCGUCGGCGUGCGUGGGGCGGGGCGACGUACGACGUGUCCUCGUGCGCGGCGCGGGCAGCGGAAGGGAUGGACGGACGCGUGGACCACCGGGCACCGGAGGACCGACGGGCACCGGAGGACCGGACAACGGACGACCACCGGGCACAGGAGGACCGGGCACCGGACAGCCACCGGGCACAGGAGGACCGGGCACCGGAGAACUGGGUACUGGGGGACCGGGCACCGGACAACCACCGCGCACAGGAGGACCGGACACCGGAGAAUAGGGUACUGGGAGACCGGGCACCGAAGGGCCGAACACCGGACAACCACCGGGCACAGGAGGACCGGGUGCCGGACAACCACCGGGCACAGGAGGACCGGGUGCCGGACAACCACCGGGCACAGGAGGACCGGGUGCCGGACAACCACCGGGUACAGGAGGACCGGACACCGGACAACCACCGGGUACAGGAGGGCCAGGCUCUGAAGGACCGAGGGCUGGAGGCCCGGGCACCGGACCACCGAGUCCUGGGGGACUGGGCACCGAAGGACCGAGUGCUGGAGGCCUGGGCACCAAAGGACCAACUGCUGGGAGAUCGGGCACCGAAGGACCGGGCACUGGACAACUGGAUACCGGACGACCGAGUGCUGGAGGACUGGGCAUCGAACGACUGGACACCGAAGGACCGAGUGCUGGAGGCCUGGGCACCGAAGGACCGAGUGCUGGAGGACCGGGCACAGGAGGAUUGGGCACCGGGCAACUGGACACCGGACGACCGAGUGCUGGAGGACUGGGCAUCGAACGACUGGACACCGAAGGACCGAGUGCUGGAGGACUGGGCACCGAAGGACCGAGUGCCGGCGGACCGGGCACAGGAGGACCGAGUGCUGGGAGAUCGGGCACCGAAGGACUGGGCACCGGGCAACUGGACACCGGACGACCGAGUGCUGGAGGACUGGGCCCAGGAGGACCGAGUGCUGGGAGAUCGGGCACCGAAGGACUGGGCACCGGACAACCGGGCUCCGGACGACCGAGUGCUGGAGGACUGGGCCCAGGAGGGCCGAGUGCUGGGAGAUCGGGCACCGAAGGACCGGGCACCAGAUGACCUAGUACGGGAGAACAUGGCACAGGAGGACGAGGCCGGGGCCGCACCGAGGGCCCUGUCGGGCGUUAGCACAGCGGCCUGGUCCGGGCUCCUGCCGGGGGACGAGCCCCCCACCGCCCCGGCCCAGACCCUGCCGGUGCUGAGCGCCCUGGCCGACGGCCCGCUGCCCCCCGCGCCGCCCCUGGCGGGCCCGGACCCCCGGCCCCGCCGCCCCUUCUGGCUGACCGUGCAGGCCGGCCUCACCCUCGCCCACGACGGACGCACCCGCCACAGGGCCCGCGCCCUCCUGCACAGGGCCGUGCGCCUCUCCGCCCAGGCCGCCCACCCCGGACCCCCCGGACCCCCGACCGAGCCCAGCCUCUUCUGGUGGUCCGAGCAGAAAAAGGAGCUGCUCCUCAAGUUCUGGGAAAACUUCGUGUUAAUCUUGGAGACCCUGGAAGGAAAUCAGAUCCACGUUAUAAAACCCGUCUUGCCAAAGCUGAACAGUCUGUUCGAGUACGCCCUGGCCGAGGGAAGAACCCGCUGGCUGAUCCACCCGUCGUGGCACCUGUGCGUUUACCAACGCCUGCUUCAGAGCGAGAACAAGACCCUGGCCGGCGAAGGGGUGACGCACUUCCUGGAGCUGUGGGGAGGGGAAGGCCUUCCCAGCGCUCCGGACUUCUCCGAGUUCAUCAUCGGCCCGCUGAUGGACGCCCUCUCCGAAAGCUCCCUCUAUAGCAGGUCCCCGGGCCAGCCGAGCGGCAGCUGCCCUCCGGUCGGGAUGAAGCUGCAGGGCUUCCUGGCCACCUACGUCUCACACCUCCCGGAAGAAAAGGCCAAGAGGAGCUUCCUGCUGCGGUUCAUCGAGAAGAUGGGCACCAGGCACUGGUGUGCCGUCCCCGUCGUCUUCUUCUCCAAGGCCCUGGCGCACAUCCCGCGGACUCGCGUCCUGGGGGCGGAAGGCCUCCGGGCCCUCAGGGAGGUGCUGCGGCGCACGAUGGUGACCCACCAGGUCCUUCUGCGGGGCGCCGCCCAGGCCUAUCUCCUGCAGGCCGCCCUGCGCUUGGUGGAUGUGGAGGCCGUGGCCCUUUCGGAAGCGGCGGGAUUCCUGGCGUGUCUCCGGCCGGAAGAGUCGCUGGGCAGGGGGACAGCGCUGUGGACCGAGGUCUGCGACUGGCUGCGGGUCAACGAAGCCUCUUUCGGGAAGUCCCGGAACGGCGCCGAGGGUCGGGAAGAGUCGUCGCUGGACGCCUACGUGCGGAGCCUCGUGCGAGACUACGUUAAAUCGCCCAGCGACGAAGGAGGAAAAUGCUUCGUGCCGGACUGCUUUGAGGCUAAGCUGGUGGCGACGAUGGUUCUCCUGGCUGCGGACGCGGAGGGGAUGAAGAGCGGAGGCAGCGGGAAGGAGGACCGCGGGCCGGACGGCCUCCGGACGGUCCUGCAGCCCCUCGUGGACGUCCUCUCGAAGCUCGGGACCAACCCCUACAUCCCCGCGCUCCGAGCGGACCGCUGCCUUCAGCUCCUGCGACAACUGCUGCGCACGGCCUCGUCCAGGGGCUCCGGCUCCCGCCACGAUGAGGUGUGGACCGUCCUGCAGAGUUCUUUUGUGGCCGCGUCGGAGAGCAUCUCGGACUUCCUCCUCCGCAGGCUCACCGUCGGAGAGCUGAGCACCCUCCCGGAUCUGGACCGUUGCCGCCUGUACCUGGGGGUUUUGGGGGAGCUGGCGACCCUGCACCCCGGCGGGGCCGCGGCCCCCGGCAGCUGGCUCCCUCCUUUGAAAUCGGCGGCCGUCCGACACCUGCGGGACAAGCCGGACGGCGGCGGGGCCCCCGCCCUGGGAGAGCAGGUCCAGAAAGCGGUCAGCAUGGCCUGCCUGGCCGCGGUGUGCGAGGCGGCGGAGCGGCCGCCCCGGCGCAGCCUCGACGCCCUGGACGCGGACGGGACCCUGCGGACGUUCGUGGCCUCGGCCCAGUUCGACCGGAGGCCGGAGAAGCCCCGUUGGCCCAGGGAGCGGAGCAGUUCUCUCGAAGAACCGUCGCCCUCCCAGGGCUGGGGAAAAUGCGUCGCCCAGUACGUCCACGACCAGUGGGUCUGCCGCCGUUUCGCGUUAAGCCGGCCGUGGCGCGGCCAGGCUGCGGCCCCCGGGGCCGGGACCCCCCCGGAGGCGCCGCUGCGGGCGGCGCUGGAAGCCCUGGCCGUCCUCCCGCCGGACCGCGUCCUCCCCGUCUUCGGCUCCAUGAGGAUCCUGGUCCCCGAGCUCCUGAGCUCCCACGAAGCCCUCUGCGUCCGGUCCCUGGACGCGGCCUGGAAGAUCGUGGCGUCUUCGAGCAGCGCCCAGCUGGUGUUCUGGCCCAACCUCGAGGCCUUCGUCGGGUUCGCUUUCGACAGCCGAGUCCUCGCUGUGGCCGCGCGGCGGAAGGGCCGGGCCCACGCCCGGCUCAAGGAGAUCGCCAGCGAGAUGACGGGGAUGUCGUCCACCAGGACCGGAGUCUUCAACGUGCUCAUCAGCCACUGCUGCCGGUCCUGGCUGGCCUCCGCGGGGUCCCCGGAAGACCCUCUGUCUUACGCCCGGGAUUACGUGGGGCUCGUGGCCGAGGCCUGCGUCUUCGGGCCGGUGUUCCGGCGGGACCAGAGGCUCGUCCAGGACGUCCAGGCCUUCAUCGGCAGCCUGGGGAGCGAGUGCGCAGCCAACGUGGUCACCGAGAGCGCUCACCGAGACGACCGUUACGUGAGAGUCUGCGCCGUCAAGUUCCUCUGCCUGCUGGACGGGGCCCGCCGCCCGGCGUCCAAAUUAUUCGUCCAAGAGCUGGCGGCCGGCCUUCUGGAGAAAGAGGCCGUGGUGUCCGGUUCUAGAAGCCACUACUACGCCAACUCUCUCCAGCACCGAAUCCAGAACCGGGUAUGGCAGGUGCUGCUUGUCCUCUUCCCCAAGCUGGACGAGGACUUCCUCAGCGGGGUCGUCGACAAGGUUUUCCAGGCCGCGGCCGUCAGCAGUCAGGCCUCCGUGAAAUACGCCGUUCAGUGGAUGAUUAUUUUGAUCCUUCACCGAUGCCCCCAGUUCUUCCCCAAGUUCUGGGACUGCUUCCGUUCCGGGGAAGAAAACUUUAAAACGAGCAUUUGUACGUAUCUGUCGGUGCUGUUUCACCUGGACGUCAUCAUUCAGGAUGAGGCUGAGAUGAGAGCUCAGCUGAAGAAAGGCCUGGUGGUUGCCCUGCAGUGGUGCUUCAGCCACAACUUCCGCGUCCGGCUGUACGCCCUGGUGACGCUGAAGAAGAUCUGGGGUCUGUGCAAGACGUGGUGCCCGGAGGACUGCCAGGCUCUGAUGCCCGCCAUCGAGUCGAGCCUCCAGCAAGUGGAAAACACCCACGGAGCGGGGAACGCCAAGAAGAACUGGCAGCGGAUCCAGGAGCAUUUCUUCUUCGCAGUCUUUCACCCCCUCCGAGACCAUAACCUGGAGACGAUAUUUUACAUCCUUCCCCGGCUUUCGGAACUCGCGGAGGACGAGUGGAUCUCUCUCUCUCAAUUCACCGGAUUCCCGGCCAUCCCGGGGGAGUCGGCGGGGCCGGGCUGGGGCCGGGCUCGCGGGGAGCUGCGGGAUCUGCAGCCCGGCCCGUGGGUGCAGCCGGACACCGGUCUCAAUCCAGCCGAGCUCGCUCUUCAACUGGAAGGGACCGACGUCCAGAAGAAAGUCAUUCCUUGGAAAAACGACCGCUCCGCCCCCCUGGACCUGGACAGGCUGUUUCGGGAUCGCGCUGCCAGGCUGGGCAAGUCCCUCAGCGGGCUGAUCGUGGUGGCCUCGCUGGUCGCCAAGCCCGCCAACCUGGGAGGGCUGUGCCGGACGUGUGAGAUAUUCGGGGUGGCCACGCUGGUGCUGGGCAGCCUGCGGUGCGUCAGUGACAAGCAGUUUCAGCACCUCAGCGUUUCCGCCGAGCAGUGGCUGCCUUUGCUGGAGGUGAAGCCAGCCCAGCUGGGGGAUUAUCUGCAGCAGAGAAAAGCGGCCGGCUACACCGUCAUCGGCGUGGAGCAGACGGCCAAGAGCGUGGAUCUGACCGAGUACCGCUUUCCCGAGAAGUCGCUGCUCCUGCUGGGCAACGAGCGGGAGGGGAUCCCGGCGAACCUGCUCCGGCAGCUGGACGUCUGCGUGGAGAUCCCCCAGCAAGGCAUCGUCCGCUCCCUCAACGUCCAUGUGAGCGGCGCGCUGCUCGUCUGGGAGUACACGCGGCAGCGGCUGACCCCCCGGGCAGCGCGGCGGGCCCACGAGGGGCAGGGCUCUUAACGUAUUAUUUGUC